GCGCUUGGAAGACGGUCCGCUGAAUAACGUGAUAUGGCCGGGUCGAAGCUACGGAGCGGCACUGUGGUGGGCGACUUGGCAGCACUGCUGGAGUCUGGCUACGACUCUGACGUCACCCUGGUGGCCGGCGAGGCAAGAAUCGAGGCGCACAGGCUGAUACUGUCCGCCCGGAGCCCUGUCUUCGCUGCCAUACUGCGGCGCCACCAGCACGAAGCCUCCCUCGAGAUCCCAGACAUGGAGAAAGACGUCCUACGCCAACUGCUGACCUUCAUCUACACCGACGAGGCGCCCAAGCUGGUCAGGAUGGCCCCACAGCUGCUUGUCGCGGCAGACAAAUACGACCUGCAGGUCCUCAAGGACCGGUGCGAACAGCAGCUGAUCCGAGACCUAAAUGUGGAGAAUGCAGCAGACAGCGCUGUCCUGGCAGUCGAGCGAUGCUGUCCAGAGCUGAGGCGGGCUGUCGUCGGCUUCAUCAGGAGCCACUCUCUCAGCGUCAUGGGCACACGCGGCUGGAACGACGCCCUGCACAGCCACCCCAAAGCCCUUUCGCAGGUCUCGCGCCUGGUCUCAGCCCCAGCACAAACGGAAAGCAGGACUCUGGUGUCCGAGCCUGGUGAACUGUACCGGUUACAUCAGAUGUACCCAAAGUUGACAUCAAAUGACACAGAGUUCACAACAAUCAACAAACGAGUGAGCCUACAAUACAUUUGCUCGCAGCCGUAG